GCCGCCUGGCCCCGGUCCCGCGGGCAAAUAUUUGCUCGGGGCCGCCCCGGCGCUGCCGCAGCGCGGGGACGCCGCCAUGCAGCCCGUGCUGGGGGUCCUCGCCCUGGCCGCGGCCCUGGCCUCAGGCCACCGUUCCCCUCUCAAUGACUUCCAGCGCCUGCGAGCCACCGAGCUGCUGGCAGUGCCUGCAGACCCACCGCUGCCGCCGCCAGAGCAGGGCUCUGAGGAGCAGUGUGCCUGGCUCUGUGCCACCAGCCUGGCCUGCCGGGCUUUCCACCACAACCGGCAGAGCCAGCUGUGCCAGCUGCUGCCCUGGACCCAGAACUCACCCCACAUCCAGCUGCAGAAAAACAUCCACUAUGACCUGUACCAGAAGAAAGUCUUCCUGCGGGACUGCAUCGUGGCCAAUGGCUCCAGUUACCGUGGCACACGGGCCGUGACGGAGAAGGGUCUGCGCUGCCAGCCCUGGCAAGCCACAACACCCCAUGACCACAGGUUCCUACCGUCACCCCACAAUGGUCUAGAGGAGAAUUACUGCCGCAAUCCAGACCGGGACAAGCGGGGCCCGUGGUGUUACACCGUUGACCCCAACAUCCGACACCAGAGUUGCGGCAUCAAGAAGUGUGAGGAUGCCGUCUGCAUGACCUGCAAUGGGGAGGACUACCGCGGCACUGUGGACCACACCGAGUCAGGGACAGAGUGCCAGCGCUGGGACAUGCAGCACCCACACAAGCACCCCUACCAUCCCCACAAGUACCCUGACAAGGGGCUGGACGACAACUACUGCCGCAACCCUGACAGCUCAGAACGGCCCUGGUGCUACACCAUCGACCCCGGGCGGGAGCGCGAGUACUGCCGCAUCCGCCUGUGCAGUACGUGCCUGCUGAUGUCACCGUGCGGCUGGGGCCGGGUGUCCCGGUGCACCCUAACUGUGCCACUCUGCUCCUCUCCGGCCAUGCAAGCAGAGAAACGCCCACGGCCCCUCAACGUCACCACCAGCUGCUUCAGGGGCAAAGGCGAAGGCUACCGGGGACGGGUGAACAUCACCGUGUCAGGGAUCCCCUGUCAGCGCUGGGACACCCAGGUGCCCCACCAGCACCACUUCACACCCAAGAAGUACCCCUGCAAGGACCUGCAAGAGAACUACUGCCGCAACCCUGACGGCUCAGAGGCUCCAUGGUGCUUCACUGCCCGCUCCACUGUCCGCAUCGCCUUCUGCUUCCACAUCCGCCGCUGCCCUGAUGAGCUGGGCGCCCAAGAGUGCUACCAUGGCCAUGGCGAGCACUACCGCGGUCAUGUCAGCAAGACACGAAAAGGCAUCACCUGCCAGCCGUGGGCUGCCCAGACACCCCACGUGCCCCAGAUCUCACCUCUCACCCACCCUGAAGCACACCUGGAGGAGAACUACUGCCGCAACCCCGAUAAUGACAGCCAUGGCCCCUGGUGCUACACCAUGGACCCCCACACCCCUUUUGACUAUUGUGCCAUCAAGCCCUGCUCUGGCAGCACAGUGCCCUCUGUCCUGGAGAAUGCAGACAUAGUGGCUUUCAAGGAGUGUGGCCAGCGGGAUGAGAGGUUGCAGCUGAAAGGGCGCAUUGUUGGUGGCCAGCCCGGCAACUCGCCCUGGACUGUCAGCAUCCGCAACCGCGCCGGUGUGCACUUCUGUGGGGGAACCCUGGUGAAGGAACAGUGGGUGAUCAGCACACGACAGUGCUUCUCCUCCUGUGAUGCUGACCUCACGGGCUAUGAGGUGCACCUGGGGACUCUCUUCAAGGACCCCGGCCCUGGAGACCCAGACCUGCAGACAAUCCCCAUCACACGGAUCGUCUGCGGCCCCUCUGAAUCCCAGCUGGUGAUGCUGAAGCUGGCGAGUCCAGCAACUCUGAACAGGCGCGUGGCCCUGAUCUGCCUCCCACCUGAGCGCUAUAUUGUGCCCGCGGGCACCAUCUGCGAGAUCGCCGGCUGGGGGGAGACCAGAGGCACGGCGGAUGGUGGUGUGCUGAACGUGGCGUGGCUGCCGGUGUUGGCCCAUGGUGAGUGCAAUGCAGCGCUGCGCGGACGCGUGAAGGACAGCGAGCUCUGCACAGCCCCGCUGCGCGCCGGUGUGGGGGCCUGUGAGGGGGAUUACGGGGGGCCACUGGCUUGCCUCACUGCCGACUGCUGGGUGCUGGAGGGGGUGAUCACCCCAUCCCGUGUCUGCGCCCGCACUGACCAGCCUGCCCUCUUCAUCCGUGUGUCGCUCUACGUUGACUGGAUCUACAAGGUGAUGAAGAUGGGCUGAGCCGGCUCGGCCCAGCCUGGCACAGCCACCACCAUGCAAUAAAGGCACAGCCUUGGCCACGGCCAUUAGCACUGCAUAGGGUCUCUCAUGUUUAUUUAAGACCAAACCCCAGCUUGCAUCCUAUCCUGCCUCCAGCUACACUUGCUUCAUCCUUCUUUGGUCCUGGCAUGGUCCCCAGGGCCAGUGGUCAUCCUUGGGGCUGGCACAGAGGCAGGGUCACCGUAGGUGCUGGGGGCUGU